AUGGCUCCUGUGCAUAUUGCCGCAUCCCCUACAGACCAUCCAGUGAUGCGCUCCCAAAUCAACGUUCUGGAUGAUGGAAUCAUUGUUGCGCUAUUCUUCAAUCAUAUGGUGAUUGACGGGACUGGGAUCGGCGCGCUGCUCGAGUCACUAGCGGCUUGCUGCAAUGGUGCUACUUUCAUCCCCUGCAACAUUGAAUGCGAGCAGAAUACCCGGGAAAAUUUGCUUGUCACACUUGAGCGAAACAAAAUGCCUGGCCAUCCUGAGAUCCGUUCGCCGCCAAUCUUGGAGGUCCCCACAGGUACCGGUCACGAAGAAGUGCAUGACUCAUUAUUGCUUGAUUAUAAAUUUUUCAUAUCGGGCACUAAGAUCAAGCUAUUGCGUGAACAUAUUCAGAACCUAGGAUCUGGAUUUGUCUCUGAAGAUGACAUCCUUACAGCCAUUCUUUGGACAUGUCUCGGUAGAUCUCGGCCCCACCGGCUGUCUCAAAGGGGUCUUCCUGCGUCUGUAUGCAAGCUCCAACGGGUCGUCAAUGUUCGUCACAAGCUCCGUCCUCAUGUUUCACCAUAUUACGUUGGAAAUUGUUUUAUUAUGCUCAAUGAAGCCUUGACUACCGUGGAGUUAGGGCAAGAGGCCUCCGAUAGCGAAACCGGUGAACAAGCGUUCGCACGGCAGAUCGCCCCUGUCGCCCGCUUACUGCGGAGCCGGCUUGAUAAAGUUGAUGAUCUCUUCAUUCGUGAUUACUUCUCGCAUUAUGAAACGGCCAGCGACUGGGCCAAUACAUCUGUGCACGAGCCAGAUGUUGCGGUGACGAGCAUUCGUCGCCUGAAUAUCUAUGGAGAAUAUUUUGGCCCUAUCCUCGGUAAAGUCGAGGACUUUGAGAUGCUGCCUUACAUGAAUCCCGAAGGGGUUUGUACAAUUAUGCCACAUCGUAGGGCUGGUGACGAUGCUUGGGAAGUUGGUGUAACGCUGGGACGGGAGGAUAUGGAGCGGCUGAGGAAGAAUGUCAAGUGGCGUUGGCUUGUGGACAGGGAGUCCCCACUGCAAGUAUUUGAGGGCCAUCAUGUAGUAUAA